AUGUCCUCAAACGCCUAUGGUUCGAACACGGUGAAUGCUUCACAGAAUCGCAUUCAACGUCUUCGCCAGCAAAAUCAAGAAACGAGACAUGUCAGUCCAGCUGCCAACAAUUUACUUCAAAAGCGAAAACAGAUGAAAGAACGACGCAUGAAGCGUGCAGAAUCAGUAGCUGCUGCUUCAUCUUCGACUACCGGUACACAAAAGGCAAAUACCUCUCAACAAGAUGCGAUUCCAAGACGGCGGAAGCUGGAAAUGGUACAAAGGCACAAGGCACAUCGGCAAGCUAAUAACGCCAUGGGAAAGCCAUUGAAUGAUGAUCGACAUAAUCUUUCUCCCCGAUCUGCAGACAAUGAGGAUGCUGAUGAUGACACUUUGGUUAGUGUGAGACGGAUAGUGGCUAGCUCGUCACCAGGAAAUCAGCAAGACCAACAUUAUCUCAAUGUGGCUUCUUCGAAAUCAGGAAGCACUGCGUAUCAUUUUCAAGAACAACAGCAGCACCAGCAUCAGCAAUCUUAUCAGAGCAACUACAACAGUCUUUCCGAAAACAUGCAUUCCUUGCAAAAGAAAAAGACGCCAACGAAGAGAAAUGGACAUUCCAGGCCAAAAAAAUCGGAACAACGGCCUUGGUUAGAGGAUGAAAAGUCAGAAAAGGUCAACAAUCGAGGAUCCUAUCUGACAGCAUCUUCCAGUGAAUAUGAUACGGACAAGGAAAGCCAGAUGAUGGGAUUGGAGGGGCAGAGUUAUUCCAAAUCGGCUGAUGCCAAUGACUACAAUUCGUCCCCACUUCAUAAACAAAACAAAAAUGGCGACAAUUAUUACUCCUCAAGGGCUUACCCCCGACGAUUCUAUGAUGACGAUGACAAGACAUUUGACUAUGGUGACCGAGACGAUGAUUACAGCGCAGACAGUGGUUCUUAUGCUGCACGUCGAUGGAAGGAAGCAGAACGGCGGAAAGCACUUGCAGCAGAACUGGAUAGCCCAAAAGAAAAUUCAAGUGCGGGGAAUGCCAGUGAAUCACCAUUUAUAAACAAGGAAGAUGCCGAACACUUUCGACAGAAGAUGGAUUCCAUGGAUUCUCCAGCUCUUAGAAUUGGAGUUGGAGUCGCAGGAGCAGCAACGAUCGGGGCGGUGAUUGGACCGGUGGGACUGUUGGUGGGUGCGGCUGCGAUCAGUGUUGGAUUCAGCCUGUCGCAAAUACCCGAAGAAGACCGGAGCAAAUUACAGACCAAAGCUACUCAGUCAAUGCACGAAUUUCAUGACAAGGCAUGUGAAAUGUCUGACAAGCUUAGUAAUACUUGUGCCACUCAUUACCAUGAGUCGGGUGUUGCGGAACAUAUUCCACCACAGAUUGCUGAAAAUUUGCCCCAAUGCAUAUCGAACCCAGAUGACCAAGUUCUAGAUGAUGAUGGUGUUGUCGACGAUAACGCCCCUGGGAGUAUAGACAAUGGUAAACCCACUGUUGAUACUUCCAACAGGGAGCUGCCAUCUCAGAAUAGUCUCGUGAAACCAAGUGGGGUAGGGAAUUUUCGCAACGAAAGAGUUUCAGACCCUAGACUCCCAGUCCCCACCAAACAACCGGAAAGACCCUAUCCUCAAAACAAACGAAAGAAAAAGGUGGCUUGCCUACGCAAUGUGCGCAUCCUACCAGCAGGGCGAAUCUAUGGUCUCGACCCUGUGGCGCAACCUAGAGCAUGGCUGGAUGUUGUGGCAAGCGCGAAUACAUCGUAUGACGAAAAGACCGAAGCGAUGGAAGAGAUUCUUAUCUUGGCAAAGGACAAGCGACGGGCACGUAUCUUAUUGGAAGAGGGAAUCCUGGAUUAUAUUAUUUGGCAGGUUGGACGCUACAUGGAAAAAGUGAAUCACACCACGGAAGAUUGGAAGUAUCCCAAGUUGACUCCCGAUGAAGAGCAUUCUGCACGGCAAGCAGCGACGUGUUGCGUGACCUUAGGAAAAGCCCAUUGUGCCGCCAUCCAUACCGAAGGUGAUUUGCAGUUGAUGAGUUUGUAUGAACGGGGCAUUGUCCCAGAAGAUCGACAAGUGGCACAAAUGUUGCACGAGGUGCCUCAUCAUGUUCGCAUUACCAAGACAUCCGAUCCAACCAUUGUUGACCCAACCAAAGAAGUGUUCGCAUAUAGAGAAUUGGAGCUGCCACAAGCUGAAGAACUGGCAAAGAGUAUCAAGCUGGUUGCCGACGGAAAGAUGUAA